AUGCCCCCAAGACGCAUAGAACCCGGCUUCAACGAUGGAGACUCCGACUCAGACGUUGACCUCUUUGAUGACUUUGAUUCAAGCGCGAGAAGCAAAGCCAAGGGCAAGGGCAAGGCUAUCGACCGGGCAAGAAGGACAAGGGGAAGGGGAAGGCCAAGGAGGUGCGCCACCACCCCCGCGCAACCAUACGCCUGGGAGGCCUCAUAUACGCGAUCAUGGGAUACCGUCCAGGAGGACGAAGCGGGCAGUUUGCAAAGUGCCGUAGAAGAUCUCAUAGCGAGGGGGAGACGCAGGCGGUGCACUACUCGCGCCCGCUGCCGCUAUUCGCCGCGCCAUUAUUCGACAUCUCAUCCUACUCCUCGACUCUCUUCUGCGAUGAUGGACCGCGACAUGCGUCCGACACGGUUCGACUUGAUGCUGCAAUACGUGAGGGAGUUUGUCACAGAGUGGUUCGACCAGAACCCGCUGGGCCAGAUCGGUGUGGUAGGCAUGCGAGCCGGGAUAGGAGAGCGAUUAGGCGAGAUGUCUGGCAAUCCACAAGAAGUCCUCAAAGCCAUCUCCGAGAGACAUAAGCUUGAGCCCACUGGCGAGCCCAGUCUACAAAACGCCGUCGAAAUGGCACGCUCGAGUAUGAGCCAUCUACCGACGCAUUCAUCUCGAGAAAUAAUCGUCAUCUUCGGCUCACUGACGACAUGCGACCCGGGAAACAUCCACGACACACUCGCGGAAUGCGUGAAGGACCGCAUCCGCAUCUCCGUAGUCGCUCUUGCGGCGGAGAUGAAGAUCUGCCGCGAGCUCUGUGACAAGACCGGCGGCCAGUUCGGUGUCGCGCUUAACGAAGGCCACUUCAAAGACCUCCUCUUCGAGCUCAUUCCGCCGCCCGCACAGCGCGCCCUGAACGCUCGCGGCGGCGCGGCCGCCCCCGCAGACUUGAUGCUGAUGGGUUUCCCCACGCGCCUGCCCGACACCUCGCCGCCCAGCCUGUGCGCGUGUCACUCGCAGCUGAAGAGCGAAGGCUUCCUGUGCCCGCGGUGCGGCGCGAAGGUGUGCGACGUGCCGACGGACUGUGACAUAUGCGGGCUCAUGAUCGUGAGCUCACCCCAUUUGGCGCGGAGCUAUCAUCACCUAUUCCCAGUCAAGACGUACCAGGCUGUUAUGAACCUGGACGACACACCGGAUUCAGGCUCGACCUGCCACGCCUGUGCUCGCCCGUUCAAGGAUGCGCCACAGCAGACGGCUGGUGCACCAGGCGAAGGUAUGAGCCCGCUCGGGCGAUAUCGGUGUCCAGAUUGUCGAAACGACUUUUGCGCGGAAUGCGACGUCUUCGUGCACGAUGUCGUACAUUGUUGCCCUGGAUGCGGGAAGUAA